UUGGAAUUCCUCCAAACCAAAUGUGGAGAAAAUUCACUACCAUGUAAAAUCAAACAAUCCAAACAUCAACCCAAACAGCUUAGUGCUUCAUCGAUUCUCAGGAGUCUAAAAACGCCGGAGUAGGAAAAACAUAGGAUUGUUUGAUUGCAUCAGAGGAAAAACAAAGAAUUCUUUCAGAGAGGUUUGAGUGGAUGCUAGAAAUCCUAUGGGAAGCAGUAAAAAAAUCCUUAAAGAAAAUUUCUAUAGGAUUAAAUCCUAUUAAUCAAACAACCAACAUAGAAAAAAUUCCUAAGGAUUCUAAUCCUCCAAAAUUCCUAUGAAAAUCUUUUGAAUCAAAGAAGCCACUAUAUCUUUUAAAAGACGUCCAGAUAAAGCAGCUCUCACACAUAAGAUAACCUUUCUUCAGAGCCAACCUCUUUGGCUCCAAAGCACGGCAAGAACCAUGUAGUACCACAGUACCACGGAACAUGUCCAAGUGCAUCGCCAAAGUCGUCCAAAUGAAGCCGCAGGGAGGGGACAGCCAGGGCGAUGAUAACCUGAUAAGUUUGUUUAAUCCCUCGACGGGCAUUGUUUAACAGCGACAUAGCCCCCCUUCCACCGUGGAUCGGCACAUUCCCAACGCCGCGUCGUAAUAUUCCGGCCCCCGAACGCCGGCGACCAAUCGCAGGCCGUCACCGCGACUCCUACACCGAUAAAACUACAAGAAGCCGACGCUGACCAGCCCCGCGGCUUAACCUAGGAUCUGCGAAGCUGCGGCUCGACAUUGAUCGCAGUCACCCACAGAUCUUUUGCCUUGGUCUUUCUUGAGCGGCAGGCUGGUUUGUUGGUACCUGGGUGUAAUGGUGAUGGAGGUGGAUGCCGGCAUGGAGCGGGUCCUCGGCGGCUUCAGCCUCCGGCUCAGCGACCGCGACGACAGCGAUGGGAGCGGCGGCGGCCGGGGAGGAGGGCACGACGAGGCCGACGGCGGCAGCGGCGCGGUGAAGGAGCGGAUCGCGCGGGCGCUGCGGCUGUACAAGGAGUCGAGCGGCGCCGGCGAAGAUGGCGGCGGCGCGCUGGUGCAGGUCUGGGCGCCGGCGCGGGACGGGGAGCGCCGCCGCGUGCUGGCCACCCGUGGGCAGCCCUUCGUGCUGCCCUCCAGGUGCCGCCGGCUGCUCCAGUACCGGACGGUGUCGCUGACGCACGUGUUCGCCGUCGGCGGCGGGCAGGGCAGGCGCGUGACGUGGGAGGAGCGCGGGCUGCCGGGGCGGGUGUUCGAGGCGCGGGCGCCCGAGUGGACGCCCAACGUGCAGUUCUACGGCACCGGCGAGUACGCGCGCAUGAGCUACGCGCUCAUCUACGACAUCCAGGCCAGCCUCGCCCUCCCCAUCCUCGACCCCGCCCACCCGCGCCGCUGCCUCGCCGUCCUCGAGCUCGUCUUCACCGCCGCCCCCGCCGCCCGCUUCGCCGCCGAGGCCCACAGGCUCUGCAAGGCCCUCCAGGCCGUGUCAUUGAGAGGCUCGGAGAUCUGCCACCCUGUGCCACCGACCGAGGUGCGUGCCGCGACUUGCGAACCAUGGAUAUGCAACUCAGAGGCGACUCAGGCGGCCAUGUCGGAGGUGUCGGAGCUGCUGGCCGCCGUCCGCGAAGCCCACGAGCUGCCACUGGCGCAGGCCUGGGUGAGGUGCAAGCAGUGCAGCAGCACGGAUGUCGAGGACGACAACCAACAUUUCUCCCUGACGACGGCCGGAGCCCCAUUCCACCUGGGCGCGCACUACGGCGGCUUCCGCGACGCCUGCGCCGAGCACCACCUGCGGCGCGGCCAGGGGCUCGUGGGCGAGGCGGCGGCGGUGCGAGGGCCGCGCUUCUGCGCCGACGUCGCCAGGCGGUCCAAGGACGCCUACCCGCUCGCGCACUACGCCCGCAUGCACGGCCUGGCAGGGUGCCUCGCCGUGCCCCUGCGACUACCACAGUCCGCCAUGGACGUCGGCGACGACGACGGCCAGGUAGAGGAGGAAUGCGUGGUGCUGGAGUUCUUCCUCCCGCCGGACUGCAGGAGCGCCGGGGAGCAGAAGGCCAUGGUGGACGCCGUCGCGGCUACGAUCAGGAAGGAGUGCUCCGGCAAUCACCUGGAGGCGACGAGCGACCUGCAAGAUUUGUCCUUGGAGGCCGUUCUUGCCGAUGCUGACACUGCCCAUGAACUGAACGAUCGUGGGGACUAUGAUACCAAUGAUUCAGACGAGGAGGACGGCGAUCAAGCAGGAGGCGUCCAUGGCGCAGACCAAAGUGGAGCCGAGGAUCGUGUACCACAACCGGAGAUGAAGAAGAAGACCGGAAGGAAGGCCGGAAGACCUGUCAGUCUUAAGGAGCUGCAAGGAUACUUCUCAGGGAGCCUGAAAGAUGCUGCCAGGAGCCUCGGCGUGUGCCCGACGACGAUGAAGCGCAUCUGCAGGCAGCACGGCAUAUCAAGAUGGCCAUUCCGGAAGAUCAGCAAGGUGAACCGUGCACUCGGCAAGAUCAGGGCCAUCGAAUCGGCGGAUUGCUCACCGAAGCCGACUGCUGCUGCUUCUUCCACCUCUCGCCGAGCUCCAGCCCCUCAUCUGCCAUGCUUGUCAAGUGCUCUAGGAGAAGACACCUCCUCCCAAGGCUCAAGCCAAGAUCCUCCACCUCUCACCAAAACCACAAUGCGCAAGUCUUUGCUGUGGCGCAGCAAUGGCGCGGAGGGGGAGCUGGUGACCAUCAAGGCGAACUACAGAGGGGACAUCAUCAGGUUCAGGGUGUCGUGCUCCGCUGGCGUCGCGGCGGUGAAGGAGGAGGUGGCCAAGAGGCUGGGCCUAGAUGCCGGCGCCUUCGACGUCAAGUACCUCGACGACGACCAUGAGUGGGUGCUCCUGUCCUGCGAUGCCGAUUUCCAGGAGUGCCUUGAUGUUGCCCCAGGACUGCCGGCAUCCGCAACUAUGGCUGGCGGAGCUGGAGUGGUGUCCCCAGUUGUCAGGCUAAUGGUGCAGGAGGUGGUAGCUGAUAACCAUAGGAGCUCUUGUGGUAGCUCAGAUUAGCCUUGCUUCUGCAUGCCUUAACCAUACAGCUGUUACUGAUGAGGAGGCUUUGUCACUUCCUUGACAUGCGUCGGAGUCAGGUAGAGCUUUCAAAAUUCUGCAGAUUCACUUUGUAACUUUGCAUACUCACGGUACAUUGUUUGAAUAAUGAUAGAAGGGAUGGAAUUUUGUUC